UGACCUCAGGUGAUCUGCCCGCCUUGGCCUCCCAAAGUCCUGAGGUUAUAGGUGUGAGCCACUGCGCUCAGCCUAAAGACCUUUCUUAAGAAUUUCUUAUGUAGGGGGAGUUAAGAAUUUUCUUUGAUGUGUGACCUCACUCUUGAUUUUGGGUUUUUUCCAUGGAUGGUUUGUAUGUAUAUACAGGAUAAUAAGGUAAGCUUAGGAAAUUGCUACAUACUAGAUAAGUUCUCUGUAAACAAACGCUUAAAGUAAGUACUAGUAAAGACAACAGUGUGUGCUUAUAAGUCAGCCAUAUCUAACAUAUUUAAGGACAAGAGUAUCUUUUUCCCACAGUAAACAAAGGGCCCUUUCCUUCUGUUACAUGUUUAGUUUGCGUGGAGCACCUGCUUGUUAGAAAUGGUGUUACUAAAAAUUAAUGAAUGACAUUGGUGUACAUGGCUCCAGGCAUCUUCCGUGUAGGAAAUUUGAGGGGCAUUAGGCAGAGAAGUAACUGUUAAGCCAGAACUCAGAACUCUCAGUGCAAUGUUUUUCCCCAUCUAUGAUGUCAAGAAUGAUAGUUCUCAACGGGGUGCACCAUCUUCCGCCGCACGUGGAUUCAGCGCGAUGCCCAAAUCCAAGUGCGACAAGAAAGUCUCCUUAACCAAAACUGCCAAGAAAGGCUUGGAAUUGAAACAAAACCUGAUAGAAGAGCUUCGGAAAUGUAUGGACACCUACAAGUACCUUUUCAUCUUCUCUGUGGCCAACAUGAGGAACAGCAAGCUGAAGGACAUCCGGAAUGCCUGGAAGCACAGCCGGAUGUUCUUUGGCAAAAACAAAGUGAUGAUGGUGGCCUUGGGUCGAAGCCCAUCUGAUGAGUACAAAGACAACCUGCACCAGGUCAGCAAAAGGUUGAGGGGUGAAGUGGGUCUCCUGUUCACCAACCGCACAAAGGAGGAGGUAAAUGAGUGGUUCACAAAAUACACAGAAAUGGACUACGCCCGCGCUGGUAACAAAGCAGCAUUCACUGUGAGCCUGGACCCGGGGCCCCUGGAGCAGUUCCCCCACUCCGUGGAGCCACAGCUUAGGCAGCUGGGCCUGCCCACCACCCUCAAGAGAGGUGUGGUGACUCUGCUAUCCGACUAUGAGGUGUGCAAGGAGGGCGAUGUGCUGACCCCAGAGCAGGCUCGCAUCCUGAAGCUUUUUGGGUAUGAGAUGGCUGAAUUCAAGGUGACCAUCAAAUACAUGUGGGAUUCACAGUCGGGAAGGUUCCAGCAGAUGGGAGACGACUUGCCAGAGAGCGCAUCCGAGUCCGCAGAAGAGUCAGACUCAGAAGACGAUGACUGAAAGGGACUCAGGACUGAAGGCCUCCUGGAACCUUCUGGGUCUCACUGGACCAUGCAGGACUGCUGCCGCCCCUCUAAAGAGAGCAGCACUUUAUUUGUCUGUAGACAGGGAACGUGAUGGGCACUGACCUCCUGUAAAGAAUAAAACUCUGGGCCCGGUGCAGUGGCUCACAUCAGUAAUGCUAGCACUUUUGGAGGCCAAGGUGGGUAGACCAUAAGGUCAAGAGAUUAAGACCAUCCUGACUAACACGGUCAAACCCUGUCUCUACUA